CCCUUUAAACCACACGUUCUACUUCCUCCCUGUUUUGCUGUAAUAUCUCGUACAGCUACAGUUUCUUGAUAUGUGGUUUAGGUCACUGGUGGCGAGUGCGUGCACUCUCGGUGUGUUCGGAGCCGUCACUCAUAAAUUCGUUCCUACAGCCUUGCUUCACUCCGGCCUUAGGAAAUCGUCUCUUGUGGAACAGUCAGACAUGAAGGUGGAACUCCUGCCCGCCCUCACUGACAACUACAUGUACCUUCUGAUCGAUGAGGACACAAAGGAAGCUGCCAUCAUCGAUCCAGUCGAACCUCAGAAAGUUGUGGAAGCGGUCAAGAAGCAUGGUGUGAAGCUCAGAACGGUCCUAACCACACACCAUCACUGGGAUCACGCUGGAGGUAAUGAGAAGCUGGUGAAGCUCAUGCCAGGGCUGACGGUGUACGGGGGAGAUGAUCGAGUGGGGGCGAUGACUAAGAAAGUUACGCACAACAACACUUUUAAAGUGGGCUCUUUGAACGUAAAGUGUUUGUUUACUCCAUGUCACACCAGUGGUCACAUCUGCUACUUCGUGACAAAAGAAAACAGUACUGAACCACCAGCUGUAUUUACCGGCGACACUCUGUUUGUGGCUGGAUGUGGCAAGUUCUUUGAAGGAACCCCUGAUGAGAUGUACAAAGCCCUGAUAGAGGUUUUGGGUCGUCUUCCCCCAGAGACGCGUGUGUACUGCGGACACGAGUACACCAUCAACAAUCUGAAAUUUGCACGGCAUGUUGAGCCAAAUAACGAAGCGGUCCGAACAAAACUAGCUUGGGCCAAGGUGAAAUAUGGCAACGGAGAGCCAACAAUUCCUUCCACUAUGGCAGAUGAAUUCACAUAUAAUCCAUUCAUGAGAGUGAGGGAACGGUCCGUACAAGAGCAUGCUGGGACCACCGAUCCAAUUGAAGCUAUGAAAAGUAUCCGUAAGGAGAAGGACGGCUUUAGGGUUCCAAAGGAUUGAGUCUUUCAUCCCUGACUUCACUUGUCUCUGCUCUUCAUUUCACUACAACAGAGUUGUAUGAUGAUACCAGCCACAUGCAGCAACUCCGGUUGCAUUAACAUGCCCUCCAUUUAUGGCAAAAGCACAAUUGAUGAGCUGUUAUGUUGUUUCAAGUCAGCGUAUGGUCUGCAAUAAGCAAUCAACACAGGAUUGUUUCCAUUUAUCUAUUUUGUAAACCAUACAUCAAACAAAAUUCAUAGUUUUGCUCAGAAUGUUUUUUAUCACUACAUAUAUCACUAUAACAUAAUGAUUCAGAAGAAAAUAAGAAGAUGCACUAGGUCUUUCUUAGAGGCUGAUAUUUAUUUAAGUAUGAGUUUUAAGUUUGGAUUUUCUUAAUGCCUUGUUGAACCAUUGAUGCAUUGUUAUAUCAAAAUUUUAUUUCAAAAUAGUUGUGCAAUGUUUUAUUUUGUAAAUCAAAAAAUAUGUUUAAGAUGAUUUGGGGUCUUAAGAAAAAUUGUUAAUGUGAAAUGUUCCAACCAAAUGAUAAUAUAUAUGUAUUUUAAUAUGCUUCACAAAUUGAACGAAUUGCUUUUAUUUUGAUGUCUGGUGGAUUUUGAAUGUAGACCUUGUUGAACACUGCAGCUUUUUGUCUUUCUUGGUUUCACGUUUCAGCUGAUCUUGCACUUUGCAUCAUCAAAACUAAUGAGAGAAAGAUUAAUUGUAAUGUGUUCAAGUUUAAUAAAGUCUUAAUAUGAAUUGA